AUGGAGGGCUCCACCGGGUUUGGGAUCGAUUCCAUCCUCUCCCACCGAGCCAGCAGCCCGGCCGUGCCCAAGGGGGACCCGCUGGUGGGCGACGGCCGGUCCCCGCUAGAGCUGAGCCCCCGCUCCGAGGGCAGCAGCGGGUGCCCCUCGCCCCGCUCGCCGGGCCGCGAGUGCCUGGAGGCGGCGGUGCCGCGGCCGGGCCUGGAUGUGCUCCUCCAGCCGGGGCAGGUCUCGGCCCCCUCCCAGUCCCGGACCGUCACCUCCUCCUUCCUCAUCCGAGACAUCCUGGCCGACUGCAAGCCCCUGGCCGCCUGCGCGCCUUACUCCAGCACUAAUGGACCUCACGGCGGGCAGGAGCCGGCGGGCAGGAUCCCCACCAAGCCCGGCGAGGACUUUCGGGAGAAAAUGGAAAAAAACACCAGCAGCUCCUCCUCGGACUCAGAGUACAAAGUGAAAGAAGAAGGGGACCGAGAGAUCUCCAGCUCCCGGGACAGCCCCCCGGUGCGGCUGAAAAAGCCGCGCAAAGCCCGCACCGCCUUCACCGACCAUCAGCUGGCCCAGCUGGAGCGCAGCUUCGAGCGGCAGAAGUACCUGAGCGUGCAGGACAGGAUGGAGCUGGCCGCUUCCCUUAACCUCACCGACACGCAGGUGAAAACCUGGUACCAGAACAGAAGGACCAAGUGGAAAAGGCAAACGGCGGUGGGCCUGGAGCUGCUGGCCGAGGCUGGCAACUACUCUGCUCUCCAGAGGAUGUUUCCCUCGCCCUACUUCUACCCGCAGAGUCUGGUCUCCAACCUGGACCCCGGCGCCGCUCUCUACCUGUACCGCGGACCCAGCGCGCCGCCCCCCGCCCUACAGAGACCCUUGGUGCCCCGCAUCCUCAUCCACGGACUGCAGGGCGGCAGCGAGCCCCCGCCGCCCCUGCCCCCGCUGCCCGGCGUCCUGCCCCGGGCCGCGCAGCCCCGGUGA